AUGGAUAUCACGAAAGUUGAGCAUUGGACAUUGCAGAUUCUCACUGCAAUCGACUAUCCGCGUCUGCAACGAUUGGAAUGUCCAGCUGCAUGCCCAUCCGAAAUGUACAAAUUAAUGUUGCAAUGUUGGGCACAUGUACCCGAAGAAAGGCCGUCGUUCACUGACAUUCUGCAUCAGUUGCCUGACAUAUACCCUCAAGCACUGCUGACCGUGUGCACUUGUCAAGACGGUGUGCCGGAUCAUUUGCAGUUCGCCAAAAAUGAAGUUAUUCUUGUGCUNNNUUCAUCAUUAGAAUUUCCACUGUUCCUCACAAAACUGCUCAGUUGUACAUCAUCAUCAACUCAGUUGUACUCACCAUUUGUAGUUUCAUGCGGAAAUUUCAGUCCUUCCGCCUAUCCGGAUGGAUAUUACUGGAGUGGUUGUAUGCGGAAUGGCCGAACGGGUCUCUUUCGACCAGCAGAUACGGUCGCGAGAUUGGGUGCGGAAAAUCCAACCGGAAAACUGGAUUUCAGUACGUCGUUGUUGAGCCGUGCACUUACAAGCGAGAAACUGAAUGGAUGCGAGAAGGAGAGUAAAGAGAAAGAUAAGGAUAAAUGUAAGAAGAAGAAGCUGGUAAUAAGUGAACCACAAGGUGAGCUGAGGCAUACGUGUCAUGUGGGCAUCGAUGGAUCUUCUUUCGGCCUUUUGCAGGUUAAUUCCUUAAUUGUUUGUUGCACGUUUUUACGCGGUCAACUGAAAUGA